AUGUCUAUUUUCCUUCAUGUCAGCAAGGUUAUGGUAUCCCUUGAUGCUCACUCAGUGAAAUGGCUCUCUCUUCUUAUUUUAGUGAUUCAAAAUAGUACUCUUAUUCUUGUGAUGCGUUAUACACGAACUUCAGUGGAAAAUGACCAACUUUAUCUUGCUUCGACCGCUGUGGUAAUGAGUGAAGUCUUGAAAACUCUGAUAUGUCUGCUUGUCCUUUAUCAACUCCUUUUGCCAUCCUAUCGACAUACUAGUCUUUUGGAAUCUUUUAACACAUUGGGCUUGGUUCUACGCCGUGAAAUGUUACACAAUUGGCAUCAAGCAAUCAAAUUGGCUGUACCUGCCAUUCUUUAUUUGAUCCAAAACAAUUUACAAUAUGUGGCUGCUACUCAUUUGGAUGCUGCUACUUUUCAAGUAACUUAUCAACUCAAGAUAUUGACAACAGCCUUCUUUAGCGUGAUAUUAUUGCAUCGAUCAUUAUCUAGUCGACAAUGGAUAGCUCUGGGAUUACUUACUGUUGGUGUUGCUUUGGUCAUGCUACCCAAAAAUAUAAACUUGUCAAAUUUGAUCUCUUUACUUGUGUCGACACAGGAAGAAAAGAAUGAUGAUAAGGUCUAUACCACAGAACAACAGGGAGGGGCAACUUACGACCACCAAGGAUUUAUGGCAGUAUUAAUGGCUUGUAUUUUAUCUGGUAUGGCUGGAGUCUAUUUUGAAAAACUCCUCAAGUCAUCAUCAACAACAACAACAACAACUACUACUACUAGUACUACUACUUCACGGAUCUAUCUACCCACUCAUCAACUAUCACCGAAAGAGGAUGAUUACGAAUUGAAAAAGAAAUUAGACGAUGUGAACGAAGCGAUGAACUACAGUACGAUGCAUACACAUCGACAACAACAACAGCAACAACUUUGGAUACGCAACAUGCAAAUGUCAUUCUUCUCAGUAAUUCUUGGCUUAGUAUUUGUAGUGGGACUUCAAGAUGCAGACAAAGUACUUGCUCAUGGGUUUUUUGCUUAUUAUACUCGUUGGACCUGGUGUGUGAUUAUGAUUCAAGCAUGUGGUGGACUCAUUGUGGCUGUCGUGGUGAAAUAUGCUGACAGUAUUCUCAAAGGUUUUGCUACAAGCAUCAGUAUCAUCCUCUCUACUAUCCUUAGCGUUUGGCUUUUUCAAGUUUCUCUCUCCUUUCUUUUUGUCAUUGGUGCUUCCUUGGUCAUUUAUGCUACUUAUCUUUACGGAUUGAAAUAGAUUAGUUUUAUA